AUGGAGAAACAAGACAAAGAAAACUCUAAAGCAGAAAAAGAAUCAACAAAACCUUGGGUAGAAAAGUCUUUUGGUAAGCAAGCAAAAAAUAGUGUUUCAGCUGAAGAUCAAGUGGAACUGUCAGAAAGUAUACAGCAAAAUCAGAUGGAGGUUCUAAUAGUUGAUGAAGAUGGAAGUAAUGGCUCAAAGAUCAAUGAGUACAGAAGUAGUAGAGAUAGAUGGAAAGCCGCAGAAUCAGUAGAGGGGCAAGAGGCAAAUGGGCAAAGUAUUGGCACAAGCCAGGAAGUAGUGGUGGAAAAGGGUGAACAUGAUAAGUGGAAAGAGGAUAAGACAGAAGAAGAGGGAACUGAGGAGCAAUCCUUAGAUAUCAGUCCUAGUAAUCAUCCAAAGGAGCCUGGUGGAUCAGUCCCAAAGACUCUAAGAAGUAAUCCCCCUCAGGAAAUAAAAGAUCAGGAGCUUAAGAAAGAUUUGCUCAAUGUUCAAAUUGAUCAGGUGUCAAGAGCAACAGAUCUCUCUCCUAGACAGACAAGGAAAAUGAGAAACUCAAAAAUAAAAGGAGGAAAGAAGGAAACUGUUCCCCCCUGUCAAACUAGUAUCAAAGAGGCAGUUAAUGCUCAGCAAUCCUUUGAGAGAUUAACUAAUUUGAAUAAAAGAAAUAGCUACAGUAUUAUUGGUCUGAUGGAACCUUUUGAAGAUGCUGAACAAAUAGAAAGAUUUAGAAGAAAGUUAGGUAUGGAAAUAGCUUUUGUCAAUAUCUCAGGCAAAAUCUGGUUAUUCCUCUCAGAGGAUGUGCAGGUCUUAACAGUGGUGUAUGCCUCUUAUGAUGCUGGAGAAAGAAGAGUGCUUUGGGAUUCCAUUAACCAGGUCUCUAAUCUUUUUGAUUUACCUUGGCUGGUGGGAGGUGACUUCAAUGUCAUAUCUACAGAAGAGGAAAAAUUAGGAGGUCUACCAAUCUUGUAUAAUGAGGUAGCAGAUUUCAAUCAUUGUCUCAGCAAUUGUAGUCUACAGAAUCUUGGAUAUAUAGGUAGCAUAUAUACAUGGUGGAAUGGAAGAGUUGAAGAAGCAUGCAUUUUUAAAAGAUUGGACAAGAUGGUUUGUAAUGAUAAAUUGCUAGAUGUAAUGCCCACCAUGAAGGUAACUCAUCUGAUAAAAAAGGGAUCAAAUCACUCUCCUUUGGAACUUGAAUUCUCCACAACUACUAUGGUGAUCAUAAAGCCUUUUAAGUUCUUGAUUCUUUUGGUCCAACAUGAGAGUUUUCAGGAGGUUAUCAAGAAACACUGGUGUAUAGAUUUUGAAGGAAAUCCAUUUACCAAGUUUCAUCACAAGCUCAAAAAGGUGAAGAAUGCAUUGAAAAGCUGGAGUAAGAACACAUAUGGCAAUAUUUUUCAACAAAUUGCAUCACUGGAAGAGAAACAGAAGUUAGGACUAACAUGGUUUCAAGAUGAAGAUAGAAACUCAAAGUUCUUCCAUGCUUAUGUAAAAGGGAGGAGAAAGAAACUUAGAGUGGAUAAUAUCCAAGAUGCUGAUGGAAAUUGGCUAACCAAUCAAGAGGAGAUCUCUCAAGAAGCAGUCAGAUGUUAUCAGAAGCAGUUUGAAGAAGACAAAAUUCCUUCUAAGUUUGGUUUACUAAAGCAUAUCCCUACCCUAGUCACAGAAGAUCAGAAUCAUACCAUGGAGAUGCUACCAAAUGAAGAAGAAAUCAAAGAAGCUGUUUUUGCCUUGAAUGGAGAAAGUGCCUGUGGUCCUGAUGGAUUCACAGGAUUGUUCUUUCAAUCAGCUUGGGAGAUAGUAAAACUAGAUGUGGUGGAUAUGGUGAAGGCAUUCUUUGUGGGGCAAGAAUUACCAAGAUUCAUCACUCAUACAAAUCUGAUUCUUAUCCCUAAGAAAAAGCAGGUGCAAAGUUUCUCAGAUCUGAGGCCAAUCAGUCUCAGUAAUUUUACAAACAAAAUCAUCUUAAGGGUAGUGCAUGAAAGAUUAGUAAAACUGCUGCCAGGUUUGAUUUCUGAGAAUCAAUUAGCUUUUGUGAAGGGAAGGAGUAUCAUGGGGAAUGUACUACUCACACAGGAGAUUGUCAAAGAUAUAAGCAAGAGAACUAAACAGCAAAUGCUACUAUCAAACAAAUGGUAUUCAGUUCUCUUGAAUGGGCAAGCACAUGGUUUUUUCAAGUCAUCAAGGGCAGUUAAACAAGGUGAUCCUCUAUCCCCCACCCUUUUCAUCUUAGCUGCUGAGGCAUUAUCAAGGGGACUAAAUGCAUUGUAUAAAAACCCAAGUAAAACUGAUGAUCUAAUGAGAGUGCUAAAUAGAUAUGAGAAGGUAUCAGGCCAGUUGAUAAAUUUGAAUAAGAAUACCUUCUAUGUUCAUGAAAAGGUGAAGAGUGGUUUGGUGUCAAGGCUGAAAAAAAUCACAGGAAUUAGGCAAGGCCUCUUUCCAUUCACAUAUCUUAGCUGCCCAAUUUUCUACAAUAGGAACAUAAUUUCACAUUAUGAUACAGUUGUUAAAAAGAUUGCCAAAAGGGUGAAUGCAUGGCAAGGGAGACUACUGUCAUAUGGUGGAAGAGCAACACUGAUAUCUCAUGUAUUACAAAGCAUGCCUGUAUACCUAUUAUCAGGAAUGAAUCCUCCAAAGGGUGUGAUUAGACAAAUGCAUAGUAUUUUCUCAAGGUUUUUCUGGUCAAACACUGGUGACAAGAAAGGUGUACAUUGGGUUAAAUCGGAAACACUGUCAUUGCCUAAAGAUGGAGGUGGACUGGGGUUCAAAUCACUAUUUGAAGUGCCAAUUGCCCUUUUCUGUAGACUAUGGUGGAGUCUCAUAACAAAGCCUUCAUUGUGGAGUUCUUUCAUGAUAAACAAAUACUGCAAAAAGCUUCUUCCUGUGAUUGCACAUGCUAAAGGGGCAUCUUCUAUCUAG